AUGGGCCUUGAAAUUCUGGAGUGCAGCGAAGUCUGGAAAGAAGUGGACAACUCGGAUGACUUCGAGUUUUCCCACACCAAAGUCAUCCUCCGUGAUGGUUUUGAAUUCUUCUACGCAAGGGUCGAUCAACGCAAGACUCCAUCCUUCCAAGCCUCAGUUGAUCCAUCGGCCCUUGAGCUCCAUCCAAUUCCGACAGAAACCAUCUGGCCCAAAAGCCCGGAAAAUGCAUUACGAUGCCCGAAUCCUGCCUCCGAUUCUGCAGAGAUAUACGUCAAACGACCAUCCUUACUCGCCUAUGGAGACAGCUUCGUUUCGACCGAGAUAAAAACCCUCGUACUCCACGAGGUGCAAAUCUGCGAGACUCUGGCGCAAUUUCAGCAUCCAAACAUCGCAAAAUAUCUAGGAUGUCAAGUCGAAAACGAUUUGAUCACAGGCCUUUGCUUUGAGAAAUACGGCGACUCUCUCUUCCAAAUGAUGCAAGAUGGACGAUCCGAUUCCUUCGACAAAGGAGCAUGUCUGCAGGAUAUUCGAGAUGGUAUCCAACAUCUUCAUUCGCUGGAGAUUGUGCACGGAGAUAUAAAUCCACACAACAUCUUGUCUCAUGGAGACAAUUUCGUCAUCAUAGAUUUCGAUUCAUGCGCCAAAGUCGGCGAAGAGCUUGGUUUGAAGCUCGGUACAGACGGGUGGACGCAGGAAUCAACCACCGCGGAAUACAGUAACGACUGGUAUGGGUUUUCCAAGAUUGAAGAGUUUCUUCAUGAUCAAAAAUCCUUCGAUACCUCAUCUUGCACUGCAUAA